AUGAUCCGAGGAAUUUUAGGUUUGAAGAAGAGAUCAAAAAGUAACACUUCAGAACAAAAUGCUGCGUUACAGGGGAGAGCAAGUUUGGAUCUACCAACAUCCUCACCCGAUAUUAGACUAAGUCAUGAUGAAGGAUCAAGACCUUCAUUGGACCCUCUAGCCCUAAACGCUUCUUCUCCUAAGAAAAAAUCAUUUUUAGGUUUUAGAAGAUCAAUAGACAAGACAUCAGAGAACUCUGCAUCAAGCAAUUCGGAUGAUUCCAAAAAACCAUCGGAAAAUACACCCAAGAAAAAGAAGGACAAAAAAGUCCAAAUUCAACAACCAAAGGAAGAUAGCGAUGAUAGCGAUAAUGAAUUGAAUAAUUUGAUCGAAUCACAACUUCCUAGUGCAAGUACUUGCCCUGUUUAUUACUCAUCAUAUUCUGUAGAAACAACAGAGCAUACAUCAAUGAAAGCAAUCAAACCCUUCAAAUACAUUUCAAUUGGAGAGAUUAAAUUACUAAAUAUCAAAGAAGGCUCAAGCGCUCCAUCAACUACAUCGGAGCUUUUUAUUGUGGCUGAAAUGGUUCACGACUUUACAUUAACAGAAUUUUCAUACAAAUUACCGUUAAUGGCCAAACAUGAAUUUUUGGAAUGGAAAGAUUUCAAUUUAGAGUUUAUUUACAACAUGACAACCAAGAAAUCAUUGAUGAGAUCGAGCUAUUCAAUUCGAGACUUGUCAGAAUUGGAAAAUACACCAGCAAACCGAACUGACCAUUUUGACAACUUGAUUAUUCCAAGCAAGCAAAUGAUAGAUGACUUGACCAAAAAUUAUAUCAGUAUCAAAGUUUUUGAAAAAGAACAGAGCUCUAGGGAUCAUACACUUGUUGGAUUUUGCUGUAUUGACUUGUUCACCAUUGCCCUUCAUCCAUUAAUUGAUUUUAUUGGAGUUUCGCUUACUAAGGAUGAGAAAACUCUACAACCUAGUGAUUACAUCAUCUCCUUCUCCAUUUCUACCUCUCUUCAUCCACCGACUAAGUCUUCUAACAGUUAUUGGUAUAAUCAUGAGGACAGUCUUAUCAUUCAAGGGCAAUAUAUUUCACCGUUUCCAUUUGAGGUCGUACCUAAUAAUUUAUAA